AUGUCUUACGGACAAAGUGGUGAAGGCCAACAGUCACAGUCUCCGUCUCCGGUCGGUGGGGACUGGACCUCCAAUACAUCUUCUACUGAAGUACGGUCUGAGGAAUGGACAGAUGUUACAGAUCCGGCGGAGAGACGGAGGAUCCAGAACAAGUUGGCCCAACAAAGGUUCAGAGCCAAAGCCAAGGAGCAUAGAGAGGAUGCAGAGCGUGAGAUGGAGAACGUACGACAGGCAGCAAGCUCUUACACACCCCCAGAAGCGGCCCACCUUGACGACCAUCAUACACUUUCAGGUCUUCCUUGGGGAGGGAUAUCUUUCAAACACAUCGUUGCCGUAGGACAGAACAAGGAACAUAGCUCUCAACAGAGCUCACGGGAAAACUUUGUCUACGCUAUGCGAGCGGGAGGAAGCAACAGACUAGGACUGCGCCUUACCGAUCACUUUGCUCGUGGCCACGCAGCGUGGGGACCUUUUGGAACGUUCACACAGCGCUUCUCCAAACCGUAUGAAUCAUGA